AUGUUCAGACGGCUCCGAAGCAUUUCCCAAGACGAGGGAGCUCCGAUAGGAGGAAUCUGCGGAGAGGGAGCCAAAGAACUCCGGGUCGACGAGUGCGCCCUAUUCCAAGGUAUCACAACCAGCCACGCAUAUAGCGAUUUGCAAUUCUCCGCUCGUCAUCAUGGUAGCAAAUCCUACGUGAAGUAUCUCCGCUCUCCGUUAGCGCACGAAUACCCGACUCUAGGUCACGGAUCUAUCUUCACACACGGGGAUAUUCGGCCCGCCAAUAUCAUGGUGAAGGAAGAACCCGAUGCAGGCGGAUACACUAUCACCAGGAUCAUUGACUGGGAGAACAGCGGGUUUUAUCCCCCAUACUCCGAAUGCACCGCCUUGACACGAACCUUGAGCGUGACUGACGACGAUGAUUGGUUUUCAUACUUGCCAGCAAGCGUCGGUCCGUCGCAGUUCCCCAUACGUUGGCUGGUUGAUCGGCUUUGGCAGACUCACCUUAAGACGAUAGUAUCUAGUUGGGUCUAG